ACCAGACUCCCAAACCCACCUUUUUGGAAAUACCUCUCUCUCUCUCCCCCCUUCCCCAUCCCUCUCUCUGUAGACUCUCUCUCUCUCUCUCUCUCUCUCUACUGAACCGAACCGAACAUGGCGCUCUCCUCCAGAAGAAAAACCGGAUCAAUCCUCCGCUCUCUCUCUCCGACGCCGUCGUCGUCGUACUCCGCCUUCGCCUCCUCCACCUCCACCUUCUCCUCCCGCUCCACCGCCACCGCCACCGCCACCUCCUUCUUCCACCGCCCGACCUCCCCGUCGUCUCAAUCCGUACGGUUCUCCCUCGACCGUCCCACCUCUCCCAGCCGUUCGAUCUCCUCCAUCAAAACCCAGAGCGGUCGUCCGAUGACGUCAUCGUCGUCGUCGGCGGCGGCGGGGAGUCACAAUCGGAAGAAGCAGACGUGUAUGUGUUCUCCCACGACGCAUCCUGGCUCGUUUCGGUGUAGCUUGCACAAGAACGUUAACAGCCACCACCACAGUACGGCGCCGUAUCCGUCCAACAGGCUGAACGCUCGUAGAUCCGCGAUGACGAACUCGCUCGUACGAAUCGGGACCGUUGAAGGAGAUCUUGUGAAGAGGGCUUUGGCGGCUCUGAUUCGGCCCUCGUCGCACCAGCAGCGGCGGCGCGUGGGGUUCCAGCCGAGGCGCAGCCGGCUUUCCGUCAUGUCUAAGGCGGAAGAGCACUUGUGAUGAUCGAUAGAGAUCGUGACGCCCCAUAGCCAGAGUUCUGGUAGAUGUCUGGAUCGGUUGUCACAGGUCACAUCUCACAAUUAGCGUGAUUUGCCCUGCAGCAGUGUUGAGAUGGGUGACAUACAGGGGAGCCUAGGCGGCCGAAGCGUAUAAUAUUGUAUUUCGCACAACCCUUUAUAGACGGAGGUUAGAGAUCCGGCGGCUCCCGGAGGCGUUGAUGGAAAUUACGGUCAGGUGAUGCCGGUGGUAUGAGAUUCUGUCGAAAUCCUCGACAAUCAGACCGGUGGAAGGUCGGAAUUGCCUGCAGUUUUUAAUUUGGUGAACCAGGCUUUCUUGGAUUCAGGAUCUACGAAUCCUUCAUGUACAUAGAUACAUACAUAAAUUACGUAUAUAUAUCCUAAUCGAAGCGAUUAAAAGCAA